AUGGGUUCCAUGGCGCAGACAGUACGAGAGCUUGAUGCCUCGACCGUCAACGUAACUCUGUCCACCAACCUGCGUCUGGUUCCUGAACCGGGUUCCCCGGAGGAACUCAGUCACUCGCACUGUACAGACCACAUGGUCACCGUCAGAUGGACCGUGAACAAUGGAUGGGAGACCCCGGAAAUCAGACCAUACGAGAAUCUCAGCAUCCCGCCGACCGCUGGCUGCCUGCACUAUGCUACUGAAUGCUUCGAGGGCAUGAAGGUUUACCGAGGAUACGAUGGCAAACUGCGUCUGUUCCGGCCGGACUGCAACGGCGAGAGACUUGUCAUGAGUGCCCAGAGAUCUUCUUUGCCCAGCUUCCGGUUUGAGGAGCUCAAGGUGCUUAUCGCCAAGUUGAUGCAGAUCGAUGGACCCCGCUGGCUCCCCAAGGACCAACCCGGUCGAUUCCUUUACCUUCGUCCCACUUUGAUCGGCAGCGGCCCCCAUCUGGGUGUGCAAACACCCAAAGAAGCCCUCCUCUUCAUCAUUGCCGUGCCAUGGCCUGACCCAUCCAAGAAGCCCGUCGAGCCUGGCACCAAGCCCGGCUUGAAGCUUCUCGCCUCCCACCCUGACACAAUCCGUGCCUGGCCUGGUGGCUUCGGUUACGCGAAGCUCGGAGCUAACUAUGGCCCUUCCCUGGCAGCCCACGGUCAAGCUCAAGCCUUGGGCUUUGACCAAGUCCUCUGGCUCUUCGGGGAGGACCGUCAAGUGACCGAGGCCGGCGCCAGCAAUUUCUUCAUUGUCUGGGAGAACAAGGACACCGGCAAACUUGAGCUCGUCACCGCGCCCCUUGAGAACCAGCUCAUCCUUGCCGGUGUUACCCGUCGCAGCGUGCUGGAGCUGGCGCGGUCGAGAUUGGCCAAGCCUGUCGGAAGCCUUGCACCUGUUGAUGUUGUGGAAAAGGCGCUUACCAUCGGAAAUGUUGAGCAAGCCUGGAAGGAGGGACGCAUCGUUGAAGCCUUCGUCUCCGGCACUGCUUACUUUAUCACUCCGGUGAAGCUCGUCAGGAACGGCGAUCUCGACAUGGACAUGGUUGAUGCGGGCGUUGAGCGUGCGGGAUACGCUGCCCAGAUCAGAUCUUGGUUGGAUGCCAUCAUGUAUGGCAAGGAGAACCAUGAUUGGUCUUAUGUGAUUGAGGGAGAGGUCGAAAAUUAA